AUGAUCUAUUUAGCUGAAAAAUAUGGUAAAACUGAUUCAUUAUAUCCAAAAUGUCCAAAAAAACGUGCAUUAAUCAAUCAAAGAUUAUUCUUUGAUAUGGGAACAUUAUAUCAACGUUUUGCUGAUUAUUAUUAUCCACAAGUUUUUGCUAAACAACCAGCAAAUGAAGAUAAUUAUAAAAAAAUGGAAGAUGGUAUGAAAUUUUUGGAUAUAUUCUUAGAAGGUCAAACAUAUGCUGCUGGUGAUAGCUUAACAUUAGCUGAUUUGGCAUUAUUAGCAAGUGUUUCAUCAUAUGAAGUUGCAAAUUAUGAUUUAACAAAACAUAAGAAUGUCAUGAAAUGGUAUGAACAUUGUAAAUCUGUUGCACCCGGAUAUGAUUUAAAUCAAAAAGGUGUUGAACAUUUCAAGAGAUUCUUUAGUAAUUAAGAACUGAAAAAGAAAAGAAAAAAAAACUAAAUUUACAUAUUUUGUAUUGUAUACAUUUUUUUUUUAAUUUAUUUAAAAAAGAAAAAAAAAUGUUUUUUUUUUUUUUUUUUUAAUUUUAAACCUUGUAACUUGGUGCAUUUUUUCAUAAUAUUUGAAAUAAAAUCAUAAAAACAAACAUAA